UAGUGGAGUGGCUGCUUAAAAGCUUUGAACGAAAACUAUUUUUCUUUUUAACUGUCAUUUGCAUAUUCAUAUCGUUGUAAAUUUUGCAGUCACAAUGUCCGAUGAUUCCGAAUAUGACGUAGAACAAGAAGAGAUUGAUAUUUAUAAAAGAAAAUAUCAAUUACUAUUGGAUAAAUGUGAACUUUUGCAACAGGAAAAUGAAAGGUUGGUCUACAGAAUCCAGAAAGUGAGGAAGCUUCUUCGACGCACAAGGAAAGAGAAAAAAUUCUUGAUCGAUCGAUUGGAUCGACAUGGAGAUCGCUGGCGAGAAGCUCCAAUGGGUGUACUUGAAGAGAACAGUGUGUUUCAAACGACUCCAAAAUCAGAGAAAGGAGGAAAAGGUACCUCUCACAAUGCUAAGGAGGAUAAACCCAGAAAAGGAACGAAAAGAAAGGGCACGAAAGCUGAUCCAAACGCACCAAAAAGACCCGCUAAUCCUUUCUUCCAAUUUUGUCAAGAACAAAGACCACGUGUGAUGGAACGUUUAGCUGGAGAACCAGAGCCCAGUAAGCAAGAACUUACUAGACAACUGGCAACUACGUGGAAAUCUCUCAGUUCUGAGGAUAAAAAAGUAUAUUACGACAUGUACGAGAGAUCCAAAGAGAAAUAUGUCGCCGAAAUGCAAAUAUAUAAUAAGAAAACUGAAGAUGCGCCAUGUCAAUUGCCAGUAAAUAUAACGUAAUAUUUAGCGUUAGAGUAAGGAAUUAUGGUAGAUGGAUAACCAUAGUUUUGUAAAAACGGUACAAUAGCAAUUAUAAAGAAGAAAGUUUACGAAUGUUUAUAGAUAGCUCCGUGUGUCUGCUUUUGAUUCACAAAGUGUGUUUAUCAAUACGCACGAGCAAGUACAUUUCAUCGACAUUGAUGUAUAUAUCGAUAACAAGAGCAAGAAACCAAGAUAAUCCAAGAAAUUCUUACUCAGAAAACGUUACAAUAAAAAUAGAGGAUACUGCGAUA